AUGGCAAGCCUCGACUCCCUCAAGUUGGCUCUCAGGCACAGAGCCGCCACAGCGACACAAACACUGUCGCCCUUGUCCGAAGCACAGUACAGCGCCGGCUUUGACAUGUUUGUCAAGGAGUCGGGAUGGGCGGCCUACCAAGACUUCAUCAUACCUCAGCUGUCUCGGCUCAUAGCCUCUCUACUCGACCGGCGUGUCCGCCUGUCGGUGCUCGAGAUUGGACCCGGUCCAAAGACCGUGCUUGGAUACCUGCCCGAGCAUCAACGGCAGGGAAUCACAAGAUAUGUUGCAUACGAGCCCAGCACGCUCUUUGCCGCAGAGCUGGAGAAGGGGUUUCAGUCUGGUUCAGGGCUGGAGGUGGAGGUUCCUCUACCUCGCCUGAAAACACCUCCCGAAAUUCGUCGAAUGCCGUUUGAUCUGGACGGCAACAACCGCAUGGAUGAGGGUGAAGAGGCAUUCGACCUCGUCCUGUUCUGUCACAGCAUGUACGGAAUGCACCCCAAGAGAAAGUUUGUCGAACGAGCACUGGCCAAGCUUGAUGGGCGGUUCGGCGGUGCAAUGGUGGUGGUUUUCCACCGUGCCGGCAAGCUGCACUUGGAUGGCUUGGUGUGCCACUCGACAGCAACUUUCCCUUCCGGUGUCAUCCGCGUGAUGGAUGACGACGAGCUUCUGGACGCCUUCGCUCGCUUUGUUGCUGGGUACGUUGUCGACGAUAUCGACGAGAAGUCGGCCAGCAUCCUAUCCGACUGGCGUGGGUUGUGUCGCGCCCUAGGCCGCCGUGAAGGAGCCCACCCAAAUCUUCUCAGAUUCAGCGCCCCCGAGGUCAUGGUUGCACUCACGAGACAUGCCUCUUCCCUACCAGAGCUGACGGCUAAUGUGCCACUGCUCAUCAGCAGCCCAAAGAACAAGAUCAAGAACCGGCAAGCACGUCUCCACCGUCCAGCUGCGACAUUCAGGCCUACAGAAAUUCGACACAUUCAAGAAUGUGUCAAAUGGGCGCUGAAGAACAAGACAAACUUGACCAUUGUCAGCGGAAGCCAUAGCGACCACUGCCUGUGGCCUAACGUCGUCGCAGUCGACAUGGGGUCUUUUGACAAGGUUCACAUCUGCAGGGCUGGAGACGGCAAAACAACACGUGCUGCCGAGGAGUCCGAUGUCUUUGUCGUCGCCGAGACCGGUGCAAAGACGGGUGACAUAAUUACGAAUAUCAUGGCGGCUGGCUUAACGGUACCUCUGGGAUCCCGCCCAAGCGUCGGCGCAGGCUUGUGGCUUCAGGGAGGGAUCGGGCAUCUGACCAGGCUGCACGGCUUGACGUGCGACUCCAUCGUCGGGGCCGUCAUGGUCGGUGUCAGCUCCGGUCAGGUCCUCUGCGUCGGCAACGUCCCGAUCUCACAUCAGCCGGCCGGUUCCGAGCGCCCGGAGAACGAGACUGAUCUGCUCUGGGCGAUACGAGGAGGCGGCACAAAUUUCGGUAUUGUGGUGAGCGUCACCUUCAAGACUUAUGCAAAAGCAGACUACUCGGUACGAAACUGGAUCGUUCCUCUGGCGGGCGAUGCCGAGGCGCAUCUCAAACUCCAAGAGUUUGAUGAGCUCGUCGCGGCAAAGUUUCCAAGACACUGCUCGGCCGACGCCUACCUGUACUGGGACAUGGGACAGAUGCAUCUCGGCGUAACCAUGUAUGAAGCUUUUAACAACGGGCUCGCCCUGCAAGCAACACAGGCCACUCGCGUUGGUGAAAUACUCGGGCAGGAGACCUAUUCCACAGUUGUCGAUGGCGUCGGUCUAUUCGAUACCGAGAUGUACAUGUCUGGUAUGCAUGGCGGCCACGGUGGGGGCAAAACCUCAUCCUUCAAGCGAUGCAUGUUUUUGCGACAUAUCGGGUCCAGAGCCACUGCCAAUAUCUUACUAGACGCCAUUAAAAAUCGUCCUUCGCCACUCUGUUAUCUUCACCUACUGCACGGCGGGGCAGCUGUGACGGAUGUGGCAGCCGAUUCCAGUGCCUUUGGCUGCCGGGACUGGGAUUUUGCUUGCGUGAUCACUGGCGUCUGGCCCCGUGACCAAGACGGAACCCAAGCUGCCGAAACCGCUAUGCAAUGGGUUUACGAUGUCGUCGGGAGCUUGCUUCCUCUGAGCAUCGGCAUAUACGGCGCCGACCUGGGCCCUGACCCUCGAGACGCUGCGCUGGCCACCAAGGCCUUUGGACCAAACCUCGCCCGCCUGGCACGUCUCAAAUCGAGCUGCGAUCCGCGAGAAGUCUUGGCCUACGCCUUUCCCCUCCCGAGAGUGCCCACGGAGCCAAUAGUCAUCAUUAUAGUCACUGGGAUGCACGGCGCCGGCAAGGACUAUUGCGCCGAGAUCUGGGCCUCCGUCUUCAACAACAAAUCAAGCCGUAAAGGUCCAACGGCAUGCGCAACCAGCAUCAGUGAGGCGAUCAAACGAGAAUACGCCGAGGCCACGGGUGCCGACUUUGACCGGCUCCUCUCGGAUCGCCCUUACAAGGAGCAACACAGAACAGCAUUGAAUGAGUUUUUCAAAAAUAAAAUGCAACGGCGACCUCGUCUCCCCGAGGAACAUUUCCUCAAGGUAGUGCGCGACGCUGCACCCGUCAACGUACUAUUUAUAACCGGCAUGAGGGAGCAGGCCCCAGUUGCAGCCUUGUCGCACCUGGUACCAAACAGCAAGCUAGUCGAGGUCCGUGUUAUCGUCAGCGAAGAAACGCGGCAGGUUCGUCGAGGAUUUCGCCAGAAUCGCGCUGUUGGUGGCAGUAACUGUGCUGCCGCCGAGGAAGAAACGGGCGAUAAGGGCAUCGAGAAGAACAGGCUGGGCCCGAUGGCAUCGUCGGAUUGUCCGAGCUUCAUCUUCGAGAACAACAUUCCUGGCAGCAAAGCAGCAGUGGCUUUCGCUCAAGACCACUUGUUGCCACUUAUUGACAAAGGCCUACAGCGCCUGGCACAAAUGAUACGUUCAGUACCGGACCACCCACGCGAGGGUAUCGAAUUCCGCCACGUGCUUGACAUCGCCCAACGUCCAGGCGGCCUCGACCUGUGCUCGUCCUUGCUGCAGAGGCACUUGGCCGGCGACUGGGCCAAGGUCGAUGCGCUGGUCUGCUGCGAGGCCGGCGGCUUCCUCUUCGCGUCGGCAUUGUCGACACGGGUCGAUAUUCCCCUGGUGCUGAUCCGCGAGGCCGGUAAACUCCCACCGCCAACCAUCUCCACGAGCAAGUUUCCUUCACAUAUCUCGUCUCCGGUACUCUCCGAAUCUAAAUCGAGCAGAAUAGAGAUGGAUCUGGAUGCGCUCUCACCGGGCGCGUCUGUUGUGGUCGUGGACGAUGUGCUUGCCACCGGCAGAACGCUUUGCGCAGUACUGCAACUGCUCAAAAAGGCUGGUGUUCAUGGAAAGAAUGUUAGUGUCAUAGUGGUGGCUGAGUUCCCUUGUCAUCGAGGGCGGGAUGCUUUGCGCCAACAUGGCUUUGCAGAGACCAACCUUCAAAAUCUUCUAGUCUUUGGUGGUCCCUAG